AUGUCGCUACCUCCGCAGUUUGAAACGACAUCGUUGGCAAACGAGAAAGCUGCCGAGCAGUUUGCAGCUGCAGAAGCGGAGGAUUCAAUCCACACGACUGCAGGUGGUGCUGAAGUUGACAUCAGGUCACCGGACAGCAUUGAUUUUAACUCCGAAGUCUGUGUGACUUCAGGUGGCACUUCUGAAAUCGUUCACGAGAAUGGCAAAGUGCUGAUCACUGUGACUCCUGAACACGGCUGUCACAACUGGCUCACUGGAGGAAACUUUAAUCCGUGUGCAGUUCCACAGAGUCUUAUUAACAGCGAUGUUACGCUGACGGUUGAAGAUUACGGUUUUGUACUUCAAAUGCUGAACAGUGAUUUUCGUUUCCGAAUGUACAAGAUCUUUUACCAUCGCUUGCUGACCGGAUGGCUGGCGUUUAGUCUGGUGAUGUUGAUCGCCAUCUUACUCUCUGGCCUUCAUGGCCUGUUAAUAUUUUGUGCCACCGCUGUGUGGCUGAUCAUUGUUGCUCUCGGUACUGUGGCGUGUGCUCUUCUCAAAAGGAAGAUGAAAAGCUCGUUGUCAUCCAUGAUUUCGAAGGUUAACAAGUUUCUGAUUCGAUUCAAUUUGUUGAUGUGCGUCGACGACGUCUGCGACACGUACUGUUAUCAGAAUACGAUUUGCUUUAUAUACUUUGAUAUCGGUCCUUGUUUGGCUUGCGUUACUCAGCUGGUCGGCCGACUGAACGUAGCCGACAGUGACAUUAGAAUUCGCGACCGGCCUUCUGGUAACGGCGAUGCGUCCACAGUGAACUUGGUAACUGAUUCGUACUAA